CCGAUUGAGAAAUCAAACUCUCUGCUUCACCGCUAAAAUGCCAGCCUUAUCUCUUGCUCACGGAAACCUGAGCGUCAACGCCAACUGCAUUCUCAGCGAUGUUUGUGAAAAUAUAUUCCUAUCUCCCGCAGGAACUGAGCACGGCAGUUUCAUCGGUGUCAACUCCGAUCACCGCGGCAGCCGCGUCAUCUUUCCGGUCGGAAAAAUCAGAGGAUUGAGAUUUUUAUGCCUCUACCGAUUCAAAUUGUGGUGGAUGACUCAGUGGAUAGGGACGCGUGGCCAGGAUAUACCGUGUGAAACUCAGUUUUUACUGGUGGAGGUACCGAAUUCAGCUCACUACGCUGUUUUCUUGCCGAUUAUCGAAGGGGAUUUCAGGGCUGUGCUUCAGGGUAAUGCGCAUGAUGAGCUCGAAAUCUGCUUGGAAAGUGGCGAUCCUUCUGUGGAAGAAUUCGAAGGGAGGCAUUUGGUUUAUGUGGCAGCUGGAACCGAUCCUUAUAGCUUAAUUGAAGAUUCAAUCAAGUCCUUGCAAAGCAAUCUCCAGACGUUCCGUCAUCGUAAUGAGAAAGAGAUGCCUGAUAUACUGAACUGGUUUGGAUGGUGCACGUGGGAUGCUUUUUAUACUGAUGUCACUGCUGAGGGAGUUAAGGAAGGAGUAAGAAGUUUGAUUGCAGGUGGAGCACCACCAAAGUUUGUCAUCAUCGAUGAUGGAUGGCAAUCGGUUGGCAUGGACCCUACUAGUACAGAAGCCAAAUUUGACGACACUGCCAAUUUUUCAAAUCGAUUGAUUAGUAUCAAAGAGAACCACAAAUUCCAAAAGGGCGGAGGCGGGAAUGAUACCAUGGGUACAAGCACUGGAUUUAGCUAUUUUAUUGCUGAGAUGAAAGACCAAUUCGCUCUCAAGUAUGUUUACAUCUGGCAUGCGAUAGUAGGUUAUUGGGGUGGUGUAAGCCCUGAUGUUGCUGGAAUGGCUCAAUAUGACCCGAAGAUUGUACCCGCUAUUCCAUCCCCUGGAGUGGAGUCCAAUGGCAUUUGUUUCGUGUUGAAGAGCAUCAUGAUGAACAAUGUUGGUGUUGUGAACCCAGACAAAAUCUUUUCCUUCUACAAUGAUCUGCAUGCUUAUCUUGCAUCAAUUGGCAUUGAUGGGGUUAAGGUAGAUAACCAAAGUGUACUUGAGACUCUUGGAGCUGGUUACGGAGGAAGAGUUAAGCUUGCAAGAAAUUACCAUGAAGCAUUGGAGGCCUCUGUUUCUAAAAACUUUAAGAAUAAUGGAAUUAUUUCCUGCAUGAGCCACAGCACUGAUGCGCUGUACAAUUCCAAGAAAGCAGCCACGGUCAGAGCAUCAGAUGAUUUCUUUCCAAGAGAUCCAGCAUCCCACACUAUUCAUAUAGCAUCAGUUGCAUACAACAGUGUUUUCCUUGGAGAAUUUAUGCAGCCUGAUUGGGAUAUGUUUCAUAGCUUGCAUCCUAUGGCCGAAUACCAUGGAGCUGCUCGUGCUGUAGGAGGCUGCACUAUCUAUGUCAGUGAUAAACCUGGAAACCAUGACUUUGAUGUUUUAAAGAAGCUUGUACUUCCUGAUGGCUCCACUUUGCAAGCCAAACUUCCAGGUAGACCGACAAGAGACUGCUUGUUUUCUGAUCCUACUAGAGAUGGAAUAAGUCUUCUCAAAAUCUGGAACAUCAACGAUGUCAAUGGAGUACUUGGGGUUUUCAAUUGUCAAGGAGCUUCAUGGUGCCGUACUAAUAUAAAAAAUCUGAUCCAUGAUCAACAGCCUCCAACAAUCUCUAGCACCAUCCAGCCAACAGAUGUUGAAUACCUGCACAACACUGCUUGGAGUGGAUGGAAUGGAGAUUGCAUUAUGUAUUCACAUAGAGGUGGAGAACUCAUGAAUGUUGGGAUGAAUACAUCUGAUCCAAUUCAACUAAAACCUCGCGAGUUCGAAGUGUUCACAGUUGCAGCUGUGAGGCAACUGGCAAAUGGUGCUGCAUUCGCACCAAUAGGUCUCGUCAAAAUGUUCAAUUCAGGCGGAGCAAUAAAACAAGUCGACUAUGAGUCCAAGAAAGCUGGGCAAGUGGAGCUAAGAGUUCGCGGAUGUGGCACGUUUGGUGCCUAUUCCUCCCUUAGGCCGAAAAGGAUCAUAAGGGAUAAAUUAAAGGAGCAGGAAUUUGAUUACGAUGAAAACUCAGGACUCCUCACUCUCGAUUUACCCGUUCCGGAUGCAGAGCUGUACGAAUGGAACCUAUCAGUUGAUCUUUGAACCUUGGCUAUGUUGGUUCAAAUAAAUGACGAAUCUCCACUUGUUUGGUAUUCUUGCCUCUUCCCUCUGUCCAAAGAUUGCACAGGCACAUUGUUGGUGUUGCAAGUGUCCAUAUAUUUUACUGAAUUCAAGAUUGGAUCUGUCGUUAUUAUGAGUCCAGAGCAGGAUUGCGAUCUCAGCUCUCGUGCAAGAAUUCAAACAUUAUUAUGGGUACAUGUGUUUGGAUCCAUUGGUGUUGGAGUGAACCACCCAUUAAAAUAGGUGUAAAGUGGCAGUACUUUCUGAAGCUGCAGAUCUCAUUGCUUGAUAUCCUUUUCUUUUUAUGAAUGGUGAUUUUGGUAAGUCUUUGGAGUAACCGGUCCAAAACGGUUUGUCUCGAGCGAUGACGGUUUUGAUGUGGCAGUAUAAAAGUAGUGAAAUGUGAGUUGGUUUUAUGUUUGGUAUUUGGACAGAACAAGUCACGAGCGACCAUGUUAUACAAUGUGAUAUGUCUUGUCAUUUAGUAUAUCACAGUUCAGAAAUCUUAGGCAUAUUACUUUCAUCCA